UUAUUUGGGGGAGGGGAGGAAAUGAAAAUGAAUGGGUCACGUGAGGAGCUCUAUUAAGACGGCGGUGACGCGGGAGCGCUCUGUCACUGUAUCUCCGCCGCUCGAGCGCUGCGUUUCCACGGAGCCCCUCUCUCUCGCCCGCCCGCCGAUCGGGGGUUGUUUUUCGCGCGGCUGGCUGCGAGCGCAGCUUUUUUCUUUUUUCUUCCUCCCCCCUUCUGUCUUUCCUCUCGGUCUCUCUCUCUCUCUCUGUCCGCCUCUGCUGGCUCGCACGCUCGCUAGCCGCCCUGCCUAGCAACAUGAAGGAGCGCGGCGGGCUCCUCGGCCGCCCAUCGCCUCAGCCAGCGCUGCCGGCCCCCGGCCGCCGCGUCCUCCCGCCCCCGUCGGUCUGAGACGGGGAGCCGCGGCUCGGCGGGGCCGGGGCAUGGGAGCUCCUCCGCGGUGAGGGAGACAGCUGCACCGCCGCUCGACCGUGACGGAGAAAACCAGAACACACAAAAAAAAAGCAGGAGGAGAGUGGGGGAGGAAAGAAAAAAAAAACACAAAAGACAUUCUUUCUCUCCCGUCAACGAAUUCCGGGCUGCAUCCACUCCGAGGAGGAGAGCCAGAAUAAUACGGAGGGGGAGCCGCGCGGACGGAGGGAUAAAGCAGGAGGAGGAGGAGGAGAGCACAGACGCGCUGCAGGCUGCGGGGACUCGCCGAGCGGGAAGGAUGGCGCUCGAGUGAACCGAACGGAUUGGAAACAAAGUGUAACGGGAGAACGCUCGCGACCCUACGAGGGGGUCGCAGCGGGGAGGGGAGGGGAGGAGGGGAGGAGAACGGACCAAGCCGUUCGCGAUAUUUUUUUUUGGGAACGGGGCGUGAUGGAGUGCCGAGCGUUUGCUCGUACGGAGGCUGGCGGCGUCCGUCCGGAGGGGCUGCCGCAGGAAGAGAUGGCGAAGACAGAAGCCUGAAGAAUCGACCUCUUUCUCCCAGCACGCCGAAGCAGAAAAACCCUGAGAAGUCAUUCCAAGUGGCUCCUGUGGAAAAUGUGUCAUCCCCCCGAUAGCUUCACCGUGGGCCUCGAACGAGUCAAAGCUGUCAACUCCGAUAAGGGUCUGGUCGCUAACCGUACAUGUCUGAUUUGAUUGGAUGUGACCAGCGCGCUUGCCCAGCAACAUGCAGUGGAGGCGGCGGCACUGCUGCCCCAUCAAGAUGCCCUGGAACGUCAAGCGCUCGCUCUUCCGCACGCACGCCCUGGGCCUCGUCUCCCUGGUCUCCCUGGCCGGGGUCUUCCUCUUCGUCUGCCGCCAGGACUGGCUGCCCGGCAGGAGGGACAAUCCCGUGGCGUACACCGUGCGGGGCUUCCGCUCCCCGAGGGCCGAGGCCAACCACAGCUCUCCCAGAGGCCCGUGGAGAGAGGCCCUCCCCGUGGCCCCCAAGCCUGGGGCUAACCUGAGCUCCAACCAGGCGGAGGUGUCCGCGCAGGGGGUGACUGGGCUGGAGAACUCCCUGAGUGCCAACAGCAGCUUGUACCGGGAGAAAGGGGCGGUAGGGCAGCCGCUCGCCCGCCCGUACCGCUACAUCGUCAACCAGCCGGACGUCUGCCGGGAUGUCAGGCCCUUCCUGGUGCUGCUGAUCGCCGCCGAGCCCGGGCAGGCCGAGGCCCGCAAGGCCAUCCGGCAGACCUGGGGGAACCACAGUCUGAUCCCCGGCCUGGGCCUGGUGCGGAUCUUCCUGCUGGGCCUGGGGAGGCCCGGGGACGCCCGCCUGCAGCGCUCCAUAGAGGAGGAGGGCCGGCGCCACCGCGACAUCGUCCAGCAGGAGUACAUGGACACCUACUACAACCUGACCAUCAAGACGCUCAUGGGCAUGAACUGGGUGGCCACGCACUGCCCGCACGCCACCUACGUCAUGAAGACCGACAGCGACAUGUUCGUCAACACCGAGUACCUGGUCCAGAAGCUGCUCAAGCCGGGCGUCCCGCCCCGGCGCAACUACUUCACCGGCUACCUGAUGAGGGGCUACGCGCCCAACCGCAACAAGGACAGCAAGUGGUACAUGUCGCCCGAGCUCUACCCCAGCGAGAGGUACCCCGUCUUCUGCUCUGGGACGGGGUACGUGUUCUCGGCCGACCUGGCCGAGAAGAUCUACGGGGCCUCCCUGGGCAUCCGCCGCCUCCACCUGGAGGACGUCUACGUGGGCAUCUGCCUGGCCAAGCUGCGCAUCGACCCCGUGCCCCCGCCCAACGAGUUCAUCUUCAACCACUGGCGGGUCUCCUACUCCAGCUGCAAGUACAGCCACCUGAUCACCUCCCACCAGUUCCAGCCCGGCGAGCUGGUCAAGUACUGGAACCACUUGCAGAGCAACAAGCACAACGCCUGCGUCAACGCGGCCAAAGAGAAGGGGGGGAGAUACCGCCAGAGGAAGCUGCACUGGGGGAGGGGCCAGUGAUGCGCAUGAACUGUGGGAUGCCUCGCCGCGGAUGACAAAAAAAAAAGGGACCACUGGCGCAUUGGCUCUGAGCCGAUGUAGUCUCGAUUCAAAUUAUUUUUUCAGUUUAAGAGAGAUGUUAUGUAUUGUAGACCUGUAACAAAUGUUUGGAUGGUAUUUAAUAAGGGAGAACAAUGGUUAAAUGAAAAAAAAUAAUGUCUAUGUGCAAUACUGAGCAUGCACAAAAAAAAAACAAAAAAAGAACUAAAUAUGCCGAUUCAGGUGCCAAUUAAAGUAUCAGAAACAUAAA